CCGUGUGUGUGUGUGUGCGCCGUACAGUUGCACCUCCCUCCCUGUGUGACUCUGUGUGUGUGUGUGUGUGUGUGUGUGUGUGUGUGUGUGUGUGUGGUGCACAGUCUGCACCUCCCUCUCUCCCCUCCCUUCCUCCCACACCCCGAGGGUACCAGCCUCCCCCUCCCCCUGGAUCACUGCUAAACUGUCAGGAGCUCUCAGACGCCGUGCUGGUCGCACACUCUCUCCUCCGGCCCGGGCCGAGCCAUGGAGCGGCGGCGGAGCACGGCCGCCCUCCUCCCGGUGGCGCUUCUCUGCCGGACCUACCCCUACUUCUGCUGCCUGGUCUGCUGGAUGCUAGAGGGGUGCAGCGGUGCUGCGGGACACAACCAAGUUAAUUUACUGGACUCCAGAGCUGUAAUGGGAGAGCUGGGGUGGAUAGCCUAUCCAAAGAAUGGGUGGGAAGAAAUCAGUGAGGUUGAUGAGAAUUACAGUCCCAUACACACAUACCAGGUAUGUAAUGUUAUGGAGCAAAACCAGAACAACUGGUUGCAGACUAACUGGAUCUCCAAUGAAGGAGCCAACCGUAUUUUCAUUGAGCUGAAGUUCACAUUACGGGACUGCAACAGUCUCCCCGGAGGCCUCGGCACUUGUAAAGAGACAUUUAAUGUGUAUCAUUUUGAAUCGGAUGAUGAAGAUGGGAGAUACAUCAGAGAGAACCAGUACACUAAAAUUGACACAAUAGCAGCAGAUGAAAGUUUCACCGAGCUUGAUCUCGGAGAUCGAGUCAUGAAGUUAAACACAGAGGUCCGAGAGGUUGGCCCCCUGUCUAAAAAGGGAUUCUACCUCGCCUUUCAGGAUGUUGGUGCCUGCAUUGCUUUGGUCUCCGUGCGAGUGUACUACAAGAAAUGUCCAUCUACAUUCCGUAACCUUGCUAUCUUUGAAGAUACGAUCACAGGAGCUGAUUCAUCUUCACUGGUGGAGGUGCCAGGUACAUGUGUCAACAAUUCAAUACAAGAUGACACUCCAAAAAUGUACUGCAGUGCUGAUGGGGAGUGGUUGGUUCCGAUUGGGAGGUGCAUGUGCAAAGAAGGCUAUGAAGAGCGAGACAACGCUUGUCAAGUUUGUCAACCAGGAUUCUUUAAGGCUUCACCGUACAGUCCGUACUGCAGCAAGUGUCCUCCCUACAGUUAUACGUAUGACAGGGGAUCAGUUUUGUGUCACUGUAUGGAAAAUUAUUUCAGAAGAGACAAUGACCCACCCUCGAUGGCUUGCACUAGACCACCCUCAGCCCCACAGAAUGUCAUCUCCAAUAUCAAUAACACCAGUGUGAUCCUGGACUGGAGCCCCCCUGCUGACGCAGGAGGGAGGAAGGAUGUGAUGUACCUGGUGGUCUGCAAGAGGUGCAGUGUGGAUUUGAUUGAGUGUGACGAGUGUGGUGGUGGAGUCCGAUAUAUCCCUCAGGAGACAGGGCUGAAGAACACUUCAGUGAUGGUGGUGGAUCUCCUGGCUCACACCAAUUACACCUUCGAGAUUGAAGCGGUGAAUGGAGUGUCAGAGCUCAGCCCCAUCCCCAGGCAGUUUGUGUCUGUAAAUGUCACGACAAAUCAAGCAGCACCUUCACCAAUCAGUGUUGUCAAAAAGAAGAAGGUAGCCAAAAAUAGCAUCUCCUUGAUGUGGCAGGAACCAAACCGACCCAAUGGCAUUAUACUGGAGUAUGAGAUCAAGUAUUUUGAAAAGGAUCAGGAGACCAGCUACACCAUCAUUAAAUCCAAGGAGACUGAGAUCCUGGUCGAUGGUCUGAAGCCCACCACAGUGUACAUCUUUCAGAUACGAGCCCGGACAGCCGCAGGCUACGGGGGCUACAGUCGGAAAUUUGAGUUUGAAACCAGCCCGGUGUCCUUGCCUGCCGGUGACCAGAGUCAGGUGCCAAUCAUUGGGGUGUCCGUGGCCGUGGGUAUGAUCCUGGUGGCAGUGGUGUCUGGACUGCUGCUUAGUGGAAGGCGAUGUGGGUACAGUAAAGCCAAGCAGGAUCCAGAAGAGGAGAAGAUGCACUUCCACAAUGGUCACAUUAAAUUGCCAGGUAUAAGAACAUAUAUUGAUCCUCAUACCUAUGAAGAUCCAAGCCAAGCUGUUCACGAAUUUGCCAAGGAAAUCGAUGCCUCAUGUAUAACCAUCGAAAGGGUCAUUGGUGCAGGUGAAUUUGGUGAGGUAUGUAGUGGUCGUCUGAAGUUACCUGGGAAAAGAGAGUUUCCAGUUGCCAUCAAAACUCUAAAAGUUGGUUACACGGAGAAACAGCGCAGGGAUUUCCUCGGUGAAGCGAGUAUUAUGGGACAGUUUGACCAUCCAAACAUCAUCCACCUUGAGGGGGUGGUCACUAAAAGUAAACCAGUUAUGAUAGUGACAGAAUAUAUGGAGAAUGGCUCUCUUGAUACUUUUUUAAAGAAGAACGAUGGCCAGUUUACAGUAAUCCAGCUGGUGGGAAUGUUGAGAGGAAUUGCCUCAGGAAUGAGGUAUCUUUCAGACAUGGGUUAUGUCCACCGAGAUCUGGCUGCUCGAAACAUCUUGGUCAACAGUAACCUGGUCAGUAAGGUUUCUGAUUUCGGUCUUUCCCGAGUGCUGGAGGAUGACCCAGAAGCUGCUUACACAACAAAGGGAGGAAAGAUCCCCAUCAGGUGGACAGCUCCUGAGGCGAUCGCUUACCGCAAGUUCACCUCAGCCAGUGAUGUCUGGAGUUAUGGAAUUGUCAUGUGGGAGGUGAUGUCGUAUGGAGAGAGACCUUACUGGGAAAUGACUAAUCAAGAUGUGAUAAAGGCCGUGGAUGAGGGCUACCGCUUGCCUACUCCCAUGGACUGUCCUGCCACCCUUUACCAGUUGAUGCUUGACUGUUGGCAGAAGGAUCGCAACAGCCGGCCCAAGUUUGAAGAAAUAGUUAGCAUCUUAGAUAAAAUGAUUCGCAAUCCCUGCAGCUUGAAGAUGUUGGUUAAUGCCUCCACAAGAGGGUCUAAUUUGCUAGUGGAGCACAACGCUGGUCUCAGUGCAUACCGGUCUGUGGGAGAAUGGCUGGAGUCACUUAAGAUGGGUCAGUACACAGAAAAUUUCAAUGAAAGUGGAUACACCUCGUUGGAUGUGGUUACCAAAAUAACUCUGGAAGAUUUGAAGAGAAUCGGUGUGGGUCUUGCUGGCCACCAAAAGAAGAUAAUGAACAGCAUUCAGGAGCUGCGAGUUCAGUUUAUGAACGGCAUGAUGCCUGUGUGA